GCAGCGUUGAAAAAAGUGAAGAAAAUAAGCAUCGCAAAGGUGGUAGGAGUCAUGGCUGGGGACAUGGUGGUCGGGAUGCUGUACAACUUAUUACUGCCGCUUAGCCUGCUAGCUGCUGCGUCUUUCCGCUACAAUGGAUUGUCCGUGGUCUACUUCCUGUUUCUACUCACCGUGCCGCUGAUGCCGAACCCAAGUCUGCUCACAAUGAAGGGCAACACGGGGCAGUUCCUACGGCGGAUCGUCUACACGAGUUUGACAUUUCUCAGCCUGCAGUGCUUCAUGCAGAUCCCUUUUGCCUACAUCGCCCCGCACGUUAGCGGCUUCUGGGAGGAUUUCCUCUACCACGUCGGCAUCGUGAGAUUGAGCCGCGUUGACCCGGGCAACAUCGUACGCCUCCUGGCGCCAGACGCGGGCCUUCUCGUCUCCGCUCUCUUCAUACUGAGACUUCUCGGAAAGCUACUUCGGGCGACACCUCAGGUCAGCCUCCACCAAAAUGGGAUCCGGCCCUCUGAUUCCGAGGACCCGGAGACCUCCGACGCGGAGUCGGACGGAGGGAGCGAACGCUCCGAGAGCUCGGACGAGAGCACGGCGCCGCUCGAAUCUGUCCCGCCUCAGUUUGUUCAGAAGCUGCUGAUGUUCGCGGCCGGCUUGAGGCUGCUGUUAUCCGCUCUCGUGGACACGGCAGGGAAAGUGGUUGUGACUUUGCUGCUGGGGCUGGCAGGUAUCACUCUUCCGUCACUGACCUCCGGCGUGUACUUUGCGACGUUCCUCGGACUGGCGUGGUGGUGGGCGAUGGGCCGGUCGACGGGCCUGCUGCUUUUCAGCUCCCUGUGCGUGAUGAUGACCAUCUUCAGUGGCGGGCACCUUCUCGUGCUCUACGUCUACCAGCUGCCCGUGUCCCAGCAGCUGGUGCCACCUGACGACGUCUAUGCAAGGUUGUUUGGAAUGACAGGAGUGAUCCGAAGCAACCGUUCUGACCCGUACGCGCUGGGUCUGCAGCCCGACGUCAGCUGGCCUGACUUCAUCAACCCUUUCGUUCUGCUGCUGCUUUAUUACACGCUCGUUACGCUGCUGCGCAAAUGGGUCCACAUCGCAGACGAGGAGAACGGCGAUGGUGAAGAGAGUCCACUAUACACUCCAGAUGCUGCCCCAAGCUUCUCCAGAGUCGUGUACAUCUCAGGAGAUGAGCGUGAUGUAAACAACUCAUUUUCCACCAGACAAAAGGGGUCCUCAUGUAUUCUCUUUCCAAAGGCGAUCAUGUUAACGAGGGGCAGCUCGCGGCAAGGCGUCUCCGGAGAGGAUCGAGGAAGCCUGCUCGGGCGUGCCGGCUACACCGACCGGUUGCCUCUCCCGCAGUAUGAAGGCAAACAUUCGCCGUCCCGCGAUAGCCAAGCUGAAAUGGAGAGGACUGACCCGUCCGCGGCAAGUCUGACAGAAACUCCUGCUCCCGAUUCAGGCCCAAGCGGUCUGGUCAUCUUCGGAGGACUGGUCCAGAAACACAGCUACGUCGGUGGCCUCAUUAUCAUGAUGGUCUGGAGUAUCACCUACAACAACUGGCUGACCUUUGCCCUGCUGGUUUGGUCCUGCAUCAUCUGGAUGAUGCGAGACAGGCGGCGCUACGCCAUGAUGUCCGCCCCCUUCCUGGCCGCGUACGGUACAGUUCUCCUGGUUUUGGGCUACGUCAGCGGGUUGCGCCUGAGCCGGGGCGAGCUGUACCCCGGUCUGCCCCCGGCCGUCAUCGAGGAUUUUGACCUGAACGGUUAUCACCCUGCACCUUGCAUCCACUUGGGAUCGAAGGUUUUCUACAGCUUCAGCUUCUGGUUGAUGUUUCGUCAGCAGCUGAAGGAAAGACGCGAGGAGCAGAGGUUGAAGGCCAGAUCGCUCGAUGAAGUCAAAGUUAUCCGACCCGAGGAAAACCAGCCAUCUCCAGUGGUGGCCAUGCUGAUCUCUGGAGUCAAAAGUGUCCUGGUCAAAUACUGGAUCUUCUUCUGCUGUUCCAUGUUCUUUGUGGUCAGCUUCUCCGGAACGGUGGUUGUCUACAAGAUUCUUUACAUUGUUCUCUUCCUGUCCUUCGUCGUCCUGUACCAGGUUCGCUUUGACUUGUGGCGUCGGUACCUGAAGACGUUCUGGGCGGUGGUGGUCGGCUAUUCCAUGCUGGUGUUGAUCGCCAUCUACCUGUACCAGUUCCGAAGUGUGUCCGCGCUCUUGCGACAGAUCAUGGGCAUGUCCGAGGACGGUCUUCGAGAUCUGGGCUUGGAACGCUACAACACCAUGGAGCUCUUUGCCCGUAUCCUACUUCCUGCGGCGUUCCUAUUGGCUUGUAUUCUGCAGCUGCAUUACUUCAACUGCGACUUCCUGACCCUCAGUGACCUCGACAAUGUUCCCGUCAGGCAAGUUCCCAGAGAAGAAGAACUCAGAAGUUCAGUCAACAUGAUUUCGGACAUUAUUAAAGAAAACAUUGACAAGCUCCAGAAAAGACUUCGAAAGGAAAACAUAAGCAAUGGGAAAAGUCAGGAGACUCUUGAUAUUGUUGAAAUGACCUCAGAAGGGAGUGAUGAGGAGGAGCAGGAGGGAACGAAGCGGCAAGACACGCCGGCCGGCGAGGCCGGCGAGGACAAGUGGGUUGUGAUUGUGAACCGGGCCAGCCUGCUGCUCGUUCAGGCUAUCUUAGGCCUCCAGAAACUGCAGGAGCUGUGCUGGAGGCUAAUGGAGCUCCAUGGCUUCAAACUUGUGUCUUCUGGCAUCAUCUGGGUGUCCUUGAAAGAGGUUUCUCUCAUGAACCUGCUCUUCCUGGUUCUGUGGGUGCUUGCGAUCCCGUUUCAUCGCUUGCGGCCCACGGCGUCCAGCGUGUCCGCCGUGUGGGCCUGCGUCACGGUGGUGUGCAAGAUGUUUUACCAGCUGGAGGUCAUCAAACCCCUCCGCUACUCCUCCAACUGCACCGCAAAUGCGGUCCCAUCCAACUCGUCGGGUCUGGACGUUGGUGUUGGCGCGAGCAUGAUGGAGUUGCUCCACAGGUCCAUCCUCUACAUUGAGCCUGUGGAUCCGGUCUACUGGUGUGGCGCGCUCCUCAAGUGUGAAGGAAGAAUCCUUCCUUGUCUCAGGAAUCAUCUAAUGGUGCUGGGUCUGCUGGCGUUUGAGGCGACCGUCCGUCGGCACCAGCUGUAUUUCCGUAUCCAUAACGACCUGAAGCCGCCGCCCUUCGGCAUCAUCUUCCACGGGAUCACCAGGCAGCGCCUGGACCACGGCAUCCGGCCCUGCGCGAAGUACUUUGUCAACUUCUUCUUCUACAAAUUUGGCCUCGAGAUGAGUUUCAUUGUGGCAGUCAAUGUGAUCGGUCAAAGGAUGGAUUUCUACGCCUUGCUUCACUCCUGCGCUUUGAUGGCGGUUCUGUCGCGGCGCCGCAGGAAGGCGAUAGGAGAGGUGUGGCCUAAAUACUGCGGCUUCACAGCGGGACUCAUCGUGCUGCAGUACUUACUCUGCAUCGGCAUCCCUCCUGCGCUGUGUGUCGAUUACCCGUGGAGGACUGCACUUCAACCUUUGACGUCAAAUGUCAUCAAAUGGUUUUAUAUGCCUGAUUUUGCCAUGAGUCCCAAUCCCUUAUUCAUAUUCUACGACCACCUGUUGCUGCUGUGCUCCUCCUUGCAGUGGCAAGUGUUUGACGAGGAGAAUCGGGCGGCGGUGCGACUGCUGGCCGGAGACAACGUGGAGAUCAGCCGCAGUCUCGACCCCAGCUCCUGCAACCGCUUCAUACCUGUGGACAACUUCCUUCACUGCAGGUGUUACCUCGACAUGGUGAAGGUGUUUGUGUUCAGCUACUUCUUUUGGCUGGUGCUGUGCCUGAUCUUCAUCACGGGCACCACUCGCAUCAACAUCUUCUGCAUGGGCUACCUGGUGGCCUGCUUCUACUUCAUGUUGUUCGGAAGCAGCGUGCUGAUGCAGCCCGUCAAAUAUAUCCUGCGCUUGUGGGACUGGCUCAUUGGCUACACCUGCUUUGUGAUCGCCAUGAAGAACCUCCUGUCUCUCGGUUCGUGCGCCUACUUGGGCAGCCUGCUGAAGAACGGCUGCUGGUUCAUUCAGGCCUUCAGUAUGUUCUGCACCAUAAAAGGCUACGAUGUCCCCGAGCCGGACGACGAGUGUGAGCUGCCCGAGGGCGAGGCCGGCAUCGUGUGGGAUGCCAUCUCUUUCACCGUCCUUUUAGCACAGAGGAGGGUCUUCCUCAGCUACUACUUCCUCUACGUGGUGGCCGACCUCAAGGCCGCCAAGAUAUUGGCCUCCAGGGGUGCCGAGCUGUUCGAGGCCAAGGUCAAAAAGCAGGUUGCGGCCCGGCUAGAGAUGGAGAAGAAAUCUGUGCAGACCCUGAAGAAACAGAUGGAGAAGAUUAAAUCCAAACAGAGGAGUCGGCCGCCGCCGCCGGCAGACAAAGCAGGGCUUCCGGUUGAUCCCGAAUCAGAGAGACUGGGUGACGAAGAGAAGGCAAAGAGGGAUGCAGGAAAAUGGUGGAAGCCUUGGGUCUCGCGGCCCGGAGUGGAAAACAACUGUGGCUACCACCUGUUUGAGAGUGACAGUGAGGAGGAGGACGAGGAUCCAGAAAAGAAAGAGGAGGAACCCCCAAGGAAGAAAUCUGCUUUUCAGCUGGCUUACAACGCCUGGGUCACAAGCUCCAAAACAGCUUUGAAGGACCUGAGCAGAGAGAAGAGGCGAAUGAAAAAAGAGGAGAAGAAGAGAGCCACGAGAGAGCUUCAGGCACAGCAGAGUUUUGACAGAACGGACUCAAGCGAGGACGAACUUGACGAAAGCAUCGUGGAAGGGGAAAGUGAAGAAGAUCAAGAAAACGUUCCACAGCGGAUCAUCAACACCUUGAAAUUUGGCCUGGUGUUUUUGCAGUCGCUUCUGGACGACUUGACUCAGGGUCUCAACUCGUUGUGCAAAGACAACCUGGACAUUUCCAAAGUGCUUCUCUUUGAGAGAGCGCUACUCAGCCAGCAGCAGAAGAAGGGCAGAGAGGUGAGCCGGCAGAGCGUGAAGCGCUAUUAUGAGAGCCGGUUGUCCCGUCAGAACACAUCGUCCUCACAAGAAGACCCGCAAGACUCGCUGCCUCCUUCGUCACCGCCGGCCGCCCCGCCCUCCUCCCGCCACGCCUACGCCAAACUCAGGAGCCAAGCUUCCAAGCUGUCCUGGGCGAGCAGCCUCUCCAGCUGCACGACGGAGGAGACCGUGCUGGGCUCCCGGCAGCCGACCCAGGAGGAGCUCGAAGAACCUCCGCUCGCGGCGGCGGCGGCUUCCAACCAUCUCAGGAGGAGGCUGCGGAAAUCGGCCCGUGUCGACUGGACCUCCUAUGAAGCUGAUGAGCUCUCACCGAGCUUUGAGGCGAACGCCAUUGAAAAAGAAGAAGCUGUAGGGGAAGAGGGGCAUGAAAAGCGGUGUGAAAAAGAGGUGUCAGAUGAAACGGAGCCACGACAAGACGAGGGUGUCCAGGGGGAGGAGCCCGACGGCGAAUCCCAGCAAACUGAGGAAGAGGAUUACCCAGAGUACCCAGAAUGCACUUCUCCUGGCUUCAGGGAGGACAUCAUAGAAAUCGGUAUGGAUGCCUCGGAUUUUCCAAGACCACUAAGUCAGGAAAGUAGGAACCUCACUGCCAGCGAGUUGCUGCUCAACAAAAUGUUUGACGACGACGAGAUCUCAGCGUCCGACGAGUUUUCCCUUACCCUUCCGAGGCCACUGAAGCUGACCUUUGCCCUCUACAACACCAUGGUGUCCAAGUCGGAGAUGCUGUGCUACUUCGUCAUCAUCCUCAACCACAUCGUGUCGGCGUCGCUUCUCAGCCUCAUCCUGCCGAUCCUCAUCUUCAUGUGGGCGAUGCUGUCCGUGCCCCGGCCAACCAAACGCUUCUGGAUGACCGCCAUCAUCUACACCGAGCUGAACGUGGUGGUGAAGUACUUCUUCCAGUUCGGUUUCUUCCCGUGGACCACUUCCGCCUACCGAGGCAUCAACGCCGAGCGUCCCUUUGCCCUGCCCAACAUUAUUGGCGUUGAGAAGAAGGAUGGCUAUGUGCUUUUUGACCUCAUUCAGCUGCUUGCUCUGUUCUUCCACCGCUCUAUUCUCAAGUGCCACGGGCUGUGGGACAACAAGGAGGUGGAGAUGCCCGAUUUCUUCAAGAAGCUAAAGAAGAAGGUGGACAAGAAGAAAAUGACUGGAGGCGAAAAGGAGAAACAAGCACGCCGACUGAAGUUCCUCCCUCUCCAGUCGUCCACCACCUCCAUCUUCCGGAAGCUGAAGAAAGGAAACUCCGCAGAAUCCGACGUAGGCGAACCCAACAGGGAGAACAAGAAGAAGAGACGGCGUCGGCAAAGGGCACCUCUGACCAGGAAGCAGCGGAUCAGGCAGCUGAUCAAAGAGAGGAUGCUCCAAACUAAAACCGCCAUCAUUGAAGUAGCCCUUCACAUCUACUUACCCAUAAGGCAGUUUUUCUACGACAUCAUCCACCCAGACUACAGUCCCGUGUGUGACGUCUACGCCCUCAUGUUUCUCAUCGACGUCGUCAACUUCAUCGUUACCAUAUAUGGAUACUGGGCCUUUGGGAAAUACUCGGCGGCGGCCGACAUCACCGAGUCCCUGUCUGAGGACCAGGUCCCUGAAGCCUUCCUGGUCAUGUUGCUGAUCCAGUUCGGUACCAUGAUUGUGGACCGGGCCCUCUACCUGAAGAAGUCUCUGCUGGGAAAGUGCGUUUUCCAGGUGGUGUUGGUGUUCGGCAUACACUUCUGGAUGUUCUUUAUCCUACCCGGGGUCACUGAAAGGAGGUUCAACCGCAACCCAGUCGCCCAGCUGUGGUACUUUGUAAAGUGCAUUUACUUUGGCCUUUCUGCGUACCAGAUCAAGUGUGGCUACCCGAAUCGCAUCCUGGGGAACUUCCUCACUAAGAACUUCAACUACCUCAACCUCUUCCUCUUCCAAGGGUUUCGCUUGGUCCCCUUCCUGACAGAGUUAAGGGCCGUGAUGGACUGGGUGUGGACCGACACCACUCUGUCACUGUCCAGCUGGAUCUGUGUGGAAGACAUCUAUGCGAAUAUAUUCAUCCUCAAGUGCUGGAGGGAGUCUGAAAAAAAAUUCCCCCACCAGCCAGGACAGAAGAAGAAGAAGGUGGUGAAAUACGGGAUGGGAGGAUGCCUCAUCUUUGUCCUCAUCGGCAUCAUCUGGUUUCCUCUGCUCUUCAUGUCUCUCGUCCAAUCGGCAGCCGGCGUCACAAAUCAGCCCAUUGACGUCUCCAUCCAGUUGAGCAUCGCUGGAUAUGAGCCUCUGUUCACCAUGAGCGCCCGGGAACAGAACUUGGUUUCGUACUCAGAAGCGGGAUUCGAACGACUCACCAAAGUCUACGCAACCUACCCAUCUGCAAUGCAGUUCAUAAUGAACUACGAGGCCGAAGACAUUGUCGUUGCCAAGAUCAAGAGCGACGCCAGCCUGCUUUGGAGCAUCAGCCCGGCCAGUCGGGAGGCCAUGAUGGAGGAGCUCAGCAACUCCCCUCAUUUGUACGUGACGCUCCGCUGGACACUGCUCAGAAAUGCGUCCAUAUCGACGAACGCCAAGACGGUGGGAGAACACACGGUGAAGUUUGAGGACGAGGCCUUGAAGGAAGGAAUUGUGCGCAUGCUCAAAGGAGACGGCGGCGCAAACGUGAUCAUCAACUCUCUGCUGCCCAAGUUCCUCAGGGGUCCCAAAGGACCGGAGUCCAAAAUGGCAACCAGGAUGAACGUAGGCCCGACUGAGCGUCCAGAGCUCCUGGCUUUCUUCAGGCCCCUGUCCAUCAAACUCCGAAAGGUCAACGGCACUUCGGAGCGGGAGGCGGACCAGUGGUGGACGGUACAGGAGUGCUCCCCGGCCCACGUCUUCUCCCCACACGAGUGCGACAGCAUUGAGAUCGUGGUGUUCAGCGACAAAGUCAGCCCGGCCAGUCUGGGCUUUUUGGCUGGACACGGCAUCGUGGGCCUCUACAUGUCGGUGGUGUUGGUGAUCGGCAAGUUUGUGAGGGAGUUCUUCAACGGCAUCUCGCGCUCCAUCAUGUUCGAGGAGCUGCCGUGCGUGGACCGCGUCCUCAAGCUGUGCACGGACAUCUUCGUGGUGCGCGAGACCGGAGAGAUGGAGCUGGAGGAGACGCUCUUUGAGAAGCUCAUCUUCCUCUACAGAUCCCCCGAGACCAUGAUCAAGAUGACCAGAGAGAAGGACGACUAGACGGGGAACCUUCUCGCUCUUCUGCGGACUUCUCCCCACCAAUGGAUGCCGUUUGAUACGAGUUGCAGAAAACUGUCAACUCUUCUGCCUUUAAAACACUUAAGUAGAGAAUAACGGAUGUCUAUGAGUGCCGACUAUACUGUAUGUGGCUGCCAUGAACAAACUGGGACUUACAGAAAGUUCACAAUCUAUUACAUCAUUACACUUCAGAAGGUGUUUCAAUCGUUAAUCUGAAACACAAAUGAAUGGAUGUCUGCUUGAGUGCAUGCAUUUCCAAUAAGGGACCGAACUAAUAAUCAACUACACGAUUAAUUCAUUUGAUUCUGUAUAUUGUGUGCAAUUGUCUUGAAAAGAAAUGAUCCAAAAAGUGUCUGUGUAUUUUGUCCCAUUUCAAAACACACAGCAAAUAAAGUUAUUUUCACUUUA